UAGAAAUAAUGACAAGAUUAAGGCAGAUGCCGGGUGUUAAUUUUGAUUUAAUUACUAUAAAAUGUAAUAAGGAUGAUAAUGUCAUCAAAAAUGUGUGGAAUCACAACCUACAUGAAGAAUUUCAUAUGAUUAGACAGAUUGUCCAAAAAUACCAAUGGGUAGCAAUGGACACUGAGUUUCCUGGAGUAGUAGCAAGACCUAUAGGAGAAUUUAGAACCACUGCUGAUUAUCAAUAUCAACUGCUAAGGUGUAACGUAGAUCUGCUAAGGAUAAUACAAUUAGGUCUUACUUUUAUGGAUGAAAAUGGAAAAACCCCUCCGGGUUGCACAACUUGGCAGUUCAAUUUUAAAUUCAAUUUACAAGAAGAUAUGUAUGCUCAAGAUUCAAUAGAUUUACUACAAAACUCUGGACUUCAAUUUAGAGAGCAUGAAGAACAUGGAAUAGAACCAAUUGAGUUUGCAGAGCUCUUAAUGUCUUCAGGUAUUGUUUUAAUGGACAAUAUUAACUGGUUAAGUUUUCAUUCGGGUUAUGACUUUGGAUAUUUACUCAAACUUCUCACUGAUCAGAAUUUACCACAAGAGGAGAAUGAUUUUUUUGAUAGUUUAAGACUAUAUUUUCCUACAGUAUAUGAUGUAAAAUAUCUUAUGAAAUUAUGCAAAAAUCUCAAAGGUGGAUUACAAGAGGUAGCUGAUCAAUUGGAACUUAGGAGAGUUGGACCACAACAUCAAGCUGGUUCUGAUUCUCACUUGACGGGUAUGGCAUUCUUCAAAAUCAAGGAAAUUUUCUUUGAUGGCAACAUUGAGAGCACCAGUGGGCACCUAUAUGGGUUAGGUGCACCCUGCUCCCCUAAUGCCAACAAUAUGCAAGAAUGUAUUGAAAAUGGCAAUUCUCCAUAAUUAUAUAUUAAGUUUCAUAAAAUGAAACGGCGCCACCGAGUGUUCAAUUUACUAAGUAUUAUUUAUAUAUUAAUAUUAUUGAACACAAAUACUGUGAUUUGUUUAGUACCUGAGAAGGCAGGAUAGUACGUUUAUGACAUUAAAUUAAGUUAUCUGUAUGCUGCAAUAAAUUAAACAUUAUUUCUUUAAUAAUAUUCUAUUAAGCAAUUUUCUUCACAACAAAAUAGAAAUAGUUCGAAUAAUUGAUUGAUUUAAUCUAAAUUUUCAACAUUGCGUGGCGUACGUCUAUAGAUGUAUAAUACUGUGCAAUAAAUAAAAUAAUGUUUUAUUCA